UAUGGAAGGAUUGUGUUUUUACACUGUGAGUAAUGUCCUCCCUCGCUGGUGUGUUGCCAUGGGGAACAGUCUUGGCUGAGGGCUGAAGAGAGUGAGCGAGUGAGAGAGAGUGAGAGAGAGAGAAAGAGAGAGUGAGUGAGACACAGGCAGUUGCCUUGAGGGAAGUCAUGGUAGUCACGGACAGGAGCUCCAGUGCUCCUGUUCCCAAAAAGAAGCCCAAGAAGAAGAGGAGGAAGUCUCGUCCCCACGGCCUGCCAUCCCCCGCGCUGUGCUGUGCCUGUGGCCUGUGCAUCAUGCUGGCAGGCAUUAACAUCACCCUGGUGGGGGCCUUUGCCUUCAGCACACUGGUUCCCUCUGCUAACCCACCCAUCAUCAUUGGUCCAAUCCUCCUCCUAGUGGCUUUCUCCUUCUUCGGGGCCUGCUGUGUCUGCAGCCGCCUGCCUCCUGCCCAGGGGUCACGGAGGUCCAAGGUGGGUGGCAGGAGCUUGGGGAUGAUGGGACGGGGUGGGCUGGCAGGGGGAGCGGCAUUCGAGAUUGAAACAAGUGAGCACACACUGCAGGACACCACAGCUGUGCAGCUCAGCCCCACACCUUCCCCCGGCUCUUCUCGCGCCUCCAGUCCUGAACCGGAACUUCCUGAAUCUGUCCCUCCAGGGACCUGCAAGCUCUUCACCAUGGAGAGCAAUGGUCCCACCACUGCCACGGCCUGCUACUCGACGUCUUCGGCCGGGGGAGGGGUUGUGAAGCUCAACCUGCCACGGGAGGAGGUGGCUGCCUAG